GAAAGAGCAGACCUUUAUUUAAGAUUGCACUGUCUCUGAGUGAAUUAUUUAGUUAAUUAGACUUGUGUUUUGUGUUAAGUGUCCCCAAUGUAGUGUGCGCUUGCUGAAAUCACUGCAACAACUCUACCGGUUUAAGAUUUGAUACUCGCUGGGUGGGCAUUAGCCCUAUUCCCCCAGCUAUCUAGUUAGCUAGCUAGCUAGCUAAAGUGCUAGGAUAGCUAGCUAACGUGAACUGCCGCUGCUGGGUCGUUAACAACCAGCAUUCCACGCAGCAUUCAUACCGAAGCCAUUGUUGGGGUAGAAACUGUUCUGUGUUUGAAAAUCAAUCAUGGAGACUUGUGUAGCGCGGAAGAACAGUGAUGCUGCUGUUGACAAAGUUAAGCCACAGUCAGCAGCCACAGCUCCCUAUCGAUACACCAAGGAUGAACUUCUGGACAUAAAAGAACUUCCAGUUUCCAAUGAAAGACCAGAAUGUCUCUCUGAGAAAUAUGACAGUGAUGGUGUCUGGGACCCUGAGAAGUGGCAUGCCUCACUGUAUCCUACUUCAGAGCGUAGCUCUCCAGUGGAAGGUUUUAAGAAGGACUAUGUUGAUAGAGUUCCUUUGAAACGAAGAAUCCCAGAUCCUCGUGAGCGGUUAAAGGAGGAUGAUCUGGAUGUCGUAUUGAGCCCACAGCGACGCAGCUUUGGUGGUGGAUGUCAAGUCAACAUUGCACCUGUACCCCAUGCCCGUCGCCCAAUCAGCCCCCUGGAAAAUAAGGAGAAUGAGAGUCUUCGUCUGGGGGGGACACGCAGAAUAGGCAGUGGACGUAUAAUUUCUGCCCGAACGUUUGAGAGAGAAGCCCGUGCAGAAAAAGAGAGGGAACGUGAGAGAGACUUUAAAGAUAAAAGAUUCAGGAGAGAUUUUGGUGACAAACGUGUGUUUAGUGAAAGGAGAAGGAAUGACUCUUAUGCAGAGGAGGAACCAGAAUGGUUCUCUGGGGGUCCCACAAGUCAGUCUGAAACAAUUGAGCUCACUGGAUUUGAUGACAAAAUCCUGGAAGAUAAGCGCAAGUCCAAGCGAUCAAGGAAGCGGACAGACUCUGUGAAAGAAGUGGAAUGUAAUGGAGGUCAGGCUGAAGAGCCAGAUGUGGGUUUGCAGUCCACAGCAGAUCAGGAGGUUCCCCACCCUGAUGUUCUGCCAGAGCAGUCAACUGGAGACUUUGACUUCAAUGAGUUCUUCAAUCUGGAGAAAACCAUGCCAGGACUGGCUUCUAUGAUAGAGGACGUCUUGGGGGAAGGCCCUGCAUUGGCUAGCCGCUUCAGUCAGUGGUUCUCCAGUAACUUGAGCCCCUCAGGUAGCCGGUCGAGUAGUCUGAGGUCCACUCCUCAUGAAGAGCUAGAAAAACUAGCAGGGCUUGAACCACGCUGCACGUCCCCUAGCCGUGGCCCUGCCCCAUACUUUACACCCAUUCAGUCAUCUGAGUGCAAAGAGAAGGUGGACAUCCUGGAGCUGCUGCACAAGGCCAAAAUAGACCUGAAGCCCCUUCUUUCCACCCUGUCAGUCAACAAAGCUCGGCUACGGGAAAGCACUAACUCUGGAGUGGUGCUAUCACUGGAGGAGGUGGAGGGAGAGAUGAAGGGAAUGAAGCUGGGAUCAGAACCACAGGUGCAAAAGGUUCUUCCGCCACAGAGGGGAAGUGGCACACCCUUCAUGGCUGAGCAUCUAGAGGAGGCUUUAACUGGUGGCUCCAAUGCCCGUCCACGCUCGCGUGACACAGACAUGUCGGCCUUUAAUAAAUUGGUCAGCAGCAUGAAGGCAAGUGGAACUUUGCCAACUCACCCCAAAACCAACACAAACAAUCAACCUUCAGACCCAGCUGUGGGGACACUGUCUGAAGUGCAGAUGCCUGCUCAGCAGCAGAAAAACAUAUUCCAGGAGCUCUUGGGAGGUCCUGCUCAUACUGGUUCCCCUACACUAUUUGACAAUCUGUUGGGCAGCUCCGAGGGCCUAGCAGCCUCUGCACCUCUACAUGGCCUACUGCACAAGGGCCCUUCACCCCCUCUCUUUCCACAGAUGGCACCCUCACCAGAUUACUUCAGUCGGUUGCCACCUUCAGCAGGAUUUCCUGUUGGUCCUCAACCCAUGCUACCAGAACAGUUUUCAGAUGUACGCAGGUCGAUCAGCCCUGCAUCUGCUGCACAGCAACAGAUGAGGGUUCUCUCUAUGCCGGUGAAUCAGGCAGACCUGGAAGCUCUGGCAUUCCAACAGGACCUUGCUCUACAUGCACACCACUCAUUUCAGUCUGGCUACAACAAGCCACCACAGGACAAGUCUUUUCGAAUUCGACCGCAGCGUGUUAAUCGCUCCCCUGGUCCAGGCCCUCAACCUGCUGGGCGAAACUCACCAGGCAAUCCUGUCACCAGUAUGUUGUCCCCUUCAUUUACACCCACAUCUGUGAUCCGCAAAAUGUAUGCAACAAAAGAGAAAAGCAAAGAUGAACCAUCAAGUCAUUCAGAAACCAAGGAGGAGGCAGCAGCAGCACACUCUCCAGAUGGCUGUAUGAUUUCAGACCGUAGCUCUCCCAAUCUAUACCUGGAAACGAUGGAUGGGAAUGCUGGCCAUUCUGGGGGUGUAAAGGCUGCCUCGCAGUCCUUGCCAAGCAAGGAACAGGAGCGUCUCAGGACUGGCUCCACUGGACACCACACUCCCACCAUGUUACCUCCAGGACCCUCCUCAUCUUUCCCUCGUCCCAUCUAUCCAGUACCGCUACUAUCCCAUGUACCCAUGGUGCGCCCCCCUCCUCAGCUCCACCCUAAUGUGGUUCAGCGAAUGCUGGUGCAGGGUAUCCAGCCACAGCAGCUGGCACCUGCAAUUGUGCAAGCAGGUAUAUUUCCGCCCCACGUUGACCUUGCACAACUUCAAGGCAUGCCUCCUGCUCUGCUUGGACAACCGCUGUACCCUCUAAGUUCAACAGGGCAUCCACUUCUACCUCCCAGAGCCAACACUCAGAUGCAGUUGGCUGUAAUGCAGCAUCAACUUCAGCAACAGAGACCAUUACAUCCAAGUGUCCCGGGCCCUCAGUCACAGAGCCAAGGGCCCCAUCGGGCAAACAACUCCCAGCGGCACGGUGCAAGCCCUCCUCUAGGCCUCGCCAAGUGGUUUGGAUCAGAUGUCCUAGAACAGCCACUCCCUUCCAUGCCAGCCAAGGUCAUAAGUGUAGAUGAAUUGGAAUUCCGGCCAUAAGAGAAUAAAUACUGCUGGAUGGCUUUUUUCUUUUUCUCUGUGUGUGUGCGUGUGUGUGCAUGUUCACAUGUCCACCUCCUUUUACCAUAAAAGUGUGAAGUUUAAUUUCAAAGAAUGCACAGAACUGGCUUGUCUAACCAUGCCACGCUUUGCCGUCAACCCUGAAGUUACUGCUUUUGACGAGUGAUGGAAAACUUUGGUGGGUUUUUUUUUUUUUGACUGCGCAGUAAAUAAUGUAUAGGCCCAAUUGUACAGACCAUGGGAAAUAAUCUUAUUCUCAUUGUGUAUAUAGGUUUUGUUUCUUUCUUUGUAUUGGGAAGGUGAAACUAUCUCCAGUUCAAGUGAAAACUGAGACGGCCACAAAGAGCUGGUAGUGUUCCUCUAUCUUGUCCACCUUAAAUUCUGCCCUGAGAAAGGGCUGCUAAUGGUGAGAAACUUUGGAUUGAUAAACUUCUGUAUACCUUUGCUAGUGGUCCUUUAUGUAUAAGUGACUGGCUGAAACAUUUCAAGACAACUGCAGGGGAUAUUGUGCCUUUUAAUUUUUUUUUUUUGUUUUGUUUAACUGUAUUCUCUCCCAUCGAACCUGUCACUAUGGGGAACAGCACUGCUCCCAGUCAUUUUUUGUUUUGUUUUGUUUGUUUUUUUCCUUUUGAGGGUGGUUGGGAUUCAGUUUGUGCUAUUAAGUUAUAAAAAGCACAAAUAGAAUUAAUAAAUAAAAUCUUCAAUAAACU